ACGUUGCUGGGACUUUGCCCGUGGGUACCAAUCAAGAUGAGCGACGGGACGACGGGCGACCGCGAGCGGCUGCCGAGAGGCGUCAAGCGCGAUAGCGACUACGCCGUCCUCAACACGGGCCAAUUGAUCCCGGACGUUGAGAGCCCCAAGCAGGCGACGACCAAGAAGAUGCGGCCGCCUGUCGUCUGCGUGUGGUGCCACGAGCCAGGUGACGUCGUGCUCUGCGUCAACUGCGACAGCCCGUUUCAUCGCGUGUGCGCUCUCAAGCGCGACCCGAGCGCGACAGCGCUCUGCGCCAAGUGCUUGCCCCGCGGCCCGCGCUACCGACUGCCGACGGCCACGACGCUUGACGACGCGGUGCGGCUGCUGCGCGAGGCCAAGAACAUCGUCGUGCUCGUCGGUGCUGGCAUCAGCGUCUCGUGUGGCAUCCCCGACUUUCGGUCCGAGAAUGGCAUUUACACCAUCAUCCAAAAGAUGGGCCUCAACCUGCCCGAGCCGGAAGCACUCUUUGACAUUGACUUCUUCCGCUCCGACCCGUUUCCAUUCUUCCACUUUGCCAUGGACUUUUUCCAAGGCACGUACACACCGUCGCGCACGCACCGCUUUCUGCGCGAGCUCUACGACGCCAAGAAACUCUUGCGUGUCUACUCUCAAAACAUUGACGGUCUCGAGGCCGACGCCGGCGUCCCGAACGUCGUCGCCUGCCACGGGUCCUUGGCCACCGCGUCCUGCAUGCUGUGCGGGAAGAACGUGCCGACGUCGACGUUGCGCUUGCCCGAGGUCGUGGCGGCGAAUGCUAUCCCGCGAUGCGACUGCGGCGGCGUCAUGAAGCCCGACAUCACUUUCUUUGGCCAAGCGCUCGCGCCCACGAUCCGCGAGUCGCUGGCCAUGGACGCGCCCAAGGUCGACCUCCUCAUCGUCAUUGGCACGUCCUUGCAAGUGUCGCCAGUCUCGGACAUUCCCGCCUACUUGCCGCGCGACGUCCCGCAGCUGCUCAUCAACAUGGAGUCGGUCGUUGCGCGGGGCACGGACGGCUUUGACGUGGAGCUCCUCGGCGCCUGUGACACGGUCGUCGAGUACCUCCACAAAGCGAUGGCGGCGGCCAAUGAUGCUGGUGCAUCAACCAACGAUGCUGCAGAUACGGGCGCACCCCACCACCAUGAGCCCAACGUCUACUGCUUUGGCAAUGAUGCGUGCUACUGGAGCGACGACGAAGACGACGACGAGAAGGGGCCGUUGGUAGACGCCUUUUUCCAGUGCGACGGCUGCGCCGAGGAAGUCGACUGCGAAGAAGCUUCACGCUUCUCGUGCACGACGUGUUUUGAUUACGACCUCUGCGAGGCCUGCCACGCGUCGGAGGAUAUCAAGGCGAGCCACUACGAUGGCCAGCAUGCGUUUGCGCUGCAUUAGGACCUUUGAACGCCUCUGCAAACAAUCAACGCAUUGGCGGGUUGGAAAUGUCAAUUACACGAACGCUUCGUCGCGCAGCCGCGUCAUGAUGGCACGCUCGACGAACGCAGCGAGUUCGGGGUCGUCCGGGAGGUUGC